AUGAAUCUCAGUAACUUAGUCUUGUACAUCACUAGCCUGCUAUGGCUGAACCUCACUGACGCUAAAAUAGGGUACUUUUGGCACAUCACAGAUCUUCAUUAUGAUCCGUUUCACAACUCCCCAGAGCUACAUAGAGGUUGUCGUCACAAUCGCGGGAACAAUGAACACAGUCAUCGGAAUGGCAGGCACCGGGAUCACACGUGUGACAGCUCCUGGCCUUUGAUACAAAGCGCCGCCGCCCUCAUGGCGGAGAGGCAUCCUGAUACAUUAGAGUUCGUGCUUUGGACUGGAGACAUCCUCUCCUCUUCAAUGGAACAUUUAAGUGAAGAAAUAAAGCUGGAAGCCGUGAGAAACGUCACAGAUGUAUUAAGCAGAACGUUUAGCAGUCAGUUUGUGUUCCCUGCGCUGGGUCAUAAUGACCCGGCACCUUCUAAGAGGCUGGUCGACAUGUGGAUGCAGUGGCUACCUACAGAAGCGUUACAGACUUUUGAAACUAGUGGUUAUUAUACAAUAGAGCAAUCCAAGAGCAAAUUGAGGAUAGUAGUGCUAAACAGCGUAUUAUGGGCGGGAGGAGCUGCCAGGACUGAUGGUCCUCACCGGGGCAGGCAGCAGUGGGAGUGGCUGGAACAGAUCCUCAGUAAAGCUAGGAGAAGAAAUGAAAUGGUCUACCUAGUAGCUCACGCGGGUCCAGGAGUAGAAGAACGGCACAAUGCAGGUAGUUCUUCAGCUGCUGGUGGAGGGGAACUAACUCCUACAGCCAAUGCGAGGUUGGUGCACGUCAUCCGAGCGUUCAGCGAUGUGAUUGCUGGACAGUUCUAUGGACACCGUCAUGCUGACACUUUCAGACUUAUUUAUAGUGAAGGUCGACCAGUAUCCUGGGCUUUAUUGGCCCCUUCGGUCACACCCAGAGGCGCUGGUAGCACCUCAAACCCAGGAUUAAGACUUUAUAAAUUCGACUCUAAUACCGGAAAGGUCUUGGAUUAUACUCAGUAUUACUUAGAUGUAAAUAAUAUAAGAGGGGAAGCCCACUGGGCGAUAGAAUACAACCUAACCCAAUACUAUGGACUGAGAGAAAUUAGCCCGGCGUCCUUGGAUGCCCUGGCUGAGAAGAUACGGAACCAUCAUGACCGUGGAGUAUUUGCUAAGUAUUUAACAGCACUGCGCGUACGGCAUGCGGCAGACGUCGCAGAAUGUGAUUCAGCAUGUGUGCACGUCCACUUCUGUGCAAUAACGCGCGCAGACUACCACGAGUUUCGCGCGUGUGUCCGCAACCCUGCGUCGGCGCUAGCGUCGCGCGCUGCUCAAAAUUCGGCGGCCAUCUUACUUUACGCAAUUUUGAUUUUACUAAAAUCGUAA